AUGAAGAACAAGGGAGCCAAGCAGAAACUCAAGAGGAAGGGAGCCGCGAGCGCGUUCGGCUGCGACCUGACGGAGUAUCUGGAGAGCUCUGGGCAGGAUGUCCCCUACGUGCUGAAGAGCUGUGCGGAGUUCAUUGAGACUCAUGGCAUUGUGGAUGGGAUCUACCGCCUCUCAGGAGUGACAUCCAACAUACAAAAGCUGAGACAAGAGUUUGUUUCUGACCAAUGUCCGGAUCUGACAAGGGAAGUUUACCUCCAGGACAUCCACUGCGUGGGGUCGCUCUGCAAGCUGUACUUCAGGGAACUGCCCAACCCUCUCCUCACUUAUGAACUCUACAAGAAAUUCACGGAAGCAGUAUCACGCUUCCCUGAGGAUGAGCAGUUGGCACGAAUUCAAAAUGUCAUCCAGGAGCUCCCACCAUCGCAUUACAGAACACUGGAAUACCUGAUCAAGCACCUGACUCACCUGGCCUCCUUCAGCAACAUGACCAACAUGCACACCAGAAACCUGGCCUUGGUGUGGGCUCCCAACCUCCUCAGGUCAAAGGAGAUUGAGGCGGUUGGCUGCAAUGGGGAUGCAGCUUUCCUGGAGGUGCGAGUGCAGCAGUUGGUGAUCGAGUUCAUCCUGAAUCACGUGGAUCAAAUCUUCAGCAACAACAGAAAAGCCAGCUGUGCAGAGAACAUGGAGAGCGCAUCGGUUGUGAAAAGUCUGACCCUCCCCUCGGUCUCCCUGCCGAUGAAACUGGUGAGCCUGGAAGAAGCUCAGGCGCGGAGUCUGUCGGCCUCCCACCCUGCUCGUAAGGAGAGGAGAGAGAACAGCUUGCCUGAAAUUGUCCCUGUAACUGGGUCCCUCUUCCACACAGUUGUUGACCUCCCUGAUAGCAAGCGAAAAUUAUCUACCAAGUCCAAGAAAUGGAAGUCGAUAUUUAACUUGGGCCGUUCUGGCUCAGAAUCAAAGUCUAAACUGAGUCGAAAUGGGAGUGUCUUCGUAAGGGCACAGAAGCUCUCUGAAAAAGCAACUAUUCGGCCUGCGAAGAGCAUGGACUCACUGUGUUCCCUGCCAGUAGAAGGGGAGGAUGAGAAGAGCAGAUUCAAACGGACAGUGACUACUGGAGGGUUUUUUGUCCCGGUGAUGAAGAUACGGACAGGAGGGACAGGCAGUUCAUAUGACCUCAGCAAGGAGAAUGAGUGGGAGCGGGAAGGAUCUGGUGUGGGGGCCAAAGGAUGCUCUGAGCUGAGUGGGGAGAAAGGUCCUCCCCGGACACCGCAGGCAAAGUCACCUCCUGAGCAGCUGAAGGUCUUCCGGGCAGGAGAGGAUGCCGAAAAUGAGCAAACUUCCCCCAAAGGUGGCCGCAUGUUCUACACUUCUGAAACAGCCUCCCUGAACAUCUCAGAGCCCUUUGCCGUCUCUGUACCCCUCCGGGUAUCCGCAGUCAUCAGCACCAACAGUACCCCCUGCCGUGUGCCCACCAAGGAGAAGCUUUCCCUCUCCAGCCUGGAGGAGCUGUCUUCUUUGGUGGCCGAGAGCACGAGCCCCUCUGCCCAGGAAGCAGGGACCCACAUGAGGACAGAGCAGAUGCCGGAGCGUAAAGAGAAACAGCUGGGGCCCACCCUGCCAGCAGCAGCAUCCAGAGGCUCUCACCCUGAGGAGCUGGUGGCAGCCAGGAAACCUGAGACCUUAGAGACUCCACAGCCAGCAGCAGAAAAUCAGGAGACAUCACGUGUGCAAAGCAGUGGCACAAGCAGCACCAGCAGCCCCCAGCAGUCCUCGGAGCAAAGUCCAACCUUGGAACAAACGCCAGCCUCAGAGGUUCAUACAGGGCCACUCCCUGCAGACAAGGCAGAGCAAGGACAGCUCAAGAUGAGGGAUGUCUCCUCAGAAGGCAGCUGUGGCCAGCAGGAGAUCCAGACGGCUAAGGCAGAAGAACGGUCACCCUUAAGAGAUGUGACUGAGGAGGACCCUUCAAAUGCCCUUCUAGAACCGCUGUGGCCAGAGAUACAGCAGGAACUGAAAAUUAUUGAAUCUGAAGAGGAGCUCUUGCUCUUGCCAGCAGCUGUCCCCAAGACAGGCCUAAUUUCUGAAUCCUGUUCUUCAAUACAAACAGAUAGUUAUUCCUCUGGGUCAGGGCAGAGUUCAACACUGCCUGAGCAGAAAUCUGCAAGCAGAACACCACAGACAACAACUCAGGUGCCUUUAUUUGGUGCCACUGGCAUGGAACGACAAGACGGCCUCCACAACUGCCAGUCUGAUGUGGCUGCACAGCAGAGCUGUGCUUCAGCCCUGCCCAGAGUGGGUACUCUUCAGACUGGCACAGCCUCUCUGAACAACCACCACCCAGUGGUGGAGGACAGCAGGAGUGAGUGUCUCACUCCUCCCCUGGACUGGAAACUUCAUAGACAAUCAGAAUUUAAUGAGGUUUCCCCAAGUGAUGAAUUUUCUUGUUCCAAAGGAGCACUUCCAGAGUCAGGGAGAGAAAAAGAUAGCAUUCGCCAGCUGCAGAGGGAAACGGAUGGUCUUACCAGAGUCCAGACUCAGAGGGAGAAGCCUGAGGUAAUGACUGCUGAUGAAAGGGACACAUUCUCCUCCAAGGCACUGAGUGGAGCUGGAAUCCAGGAGCUGAAGGAGGGCAAUGCUGUUAGCAGAACCCAUGAUUUUGGUGACCAGGAUGACGAGGAUACCUGGACAGACAAUGUGCAGAGCUUAGAACUUGUGGAGCCAUGGGAGGAUCACCAGUGGGUUACAAGUCCACUCCAUUCCCCCACCUUUAAGGACAUUCAGGAGAAGAUGAUACAGGAUUUUCAGCCCCAGAGCCAGAGAGCAGAGACAGGCCUUUCUCUUAGACCACGAUUCAGUCGCAGCCUCUCCCUGGACAGUAAAGACACAGCGAUGAGUCUGUGGACUAUCCCAUUCUCUUUCAUAGAUGCCACUGACCAGCAGCAACCAUGCAGUGAUGUUCUACCAGUGACUUGUGAGCUGCCCAAAACACAACCCAUCUCCCCCUCUAGUUUGGGCAAAGCUAAGCAAGAUGAAAAUGGCACAAGUCCUCCAGAAGAACCUUUGAAACCUGAGAAGCUGAGGUACCCCCUCAGCAGGGAGGAAGCACCAGCUGAGAAAGAAGGACCCUCCAGAAUCCCUCUUUCAGAGCCAGAGGAAAAGAAAGUGGAUAUGAGCAAUGAAAACCCUUGGAGCUCAAAGCCUGAGCUAUCUUUACCAUACCAAAAUAGCCCAGGCAGUUCUUCACAGGUGAAGAACACAAAGGAGGAGUUAUCCAUGUCUCAGGGCAUUUCCCUGGGAGGAGAGACUGUUACCAAAGCAUUGUGCUCUGCCACUGACUCACAGCUGAGUAAUAAAGAUGAAGAAACACCUCGCAAAGUGAAGACUAGGCCAUCAUCCCUCAACUUGGAUUCACUCCUUCCAGCCCAAGAUUUCUUCACAUUUGAGAGCCUGUCCAUGCCCUCUGCCCCUGGGAACCGCCUCUGUGGGCAGAAGGAAGUAAAAAGCAGUGAUUCUGUCCCAUCCCUGCCGACUGCCUGCCCUGCUGCCAGUAAAGGCAUUCCUUGGGGGUCUCAUUUCAAUGCUCACAUGGAUCUAGACUUGGAUUACCUGGCAGUGGCCCAUGCCACCACUGGCCGUCGUAACUCUGCCCCUGUCAGCGUGUCGGCAGUCAGGACCUCCUUCAUGAUUAAGAUGUGCCAGGCUAGAGCAGUGCCUGUGAUACCACCCAAGAUUCAGUACACCCAGAUCCCCCAGCCCCUGCAGGCUCAGAAUGCCGCUCCGCCAGCUGAGAAGAAGGAAGCAGAAGCCAAGCAGGCUGUCAGGCAGAAUCAACGGGUGGCAUGGAGCCACCUGGAGGCCCCCAAGAGCCCACCGACAGAGAAGAAAGCCAAAGCAGAGAAAGAAAAUAGUGACCCAGCUCAAAAGGACUCAGCCUGUCCUUGGCACAGCAGCCUUGGCUCUUCACUGGAGCCAUCUCAAUCCAGUCAUCACCCCACUCUGGAUGCCCCAGUUCUGCGCCGAAAGCGCACCUCUGAGGGGGAGACAGCUGGAGAUAACCCGCAGUCCUCAAAGAUGGAGAGGCCAUCAGGGUUCUCCAAGCCUUCCUAUAGAUCUAGGCCCGGGAGGCCCCAGAGUCUGAUUCUCUUCAGUCCCCCUUUCCCCAUCAUGGACCAUCCAUCCUCUUCAGCAGACUCCAGGGUGUUGCUAUCACCUAUAAGGAGCCCCACUCAGACCACCUCUUCGAGCCCCAUUUGUGGUGAUCUGUCUGAGACUUCACGGGCAACACCUGAGGGGGUGACGCUGCGGAACAAAAUGACCAUCCCCAAGAAUGGCCAGAGACUGGAGACCUCUACUAGCUGCUUUUACCAGCCCCAGAGGCGCUCUGUGAUUCUGGACGGACGAAGUGGGAGGCAGAUCGAAUAG